UUAGAGCUUAAAUGUUUGUUCCAGUCAGCGGCCCAUUUGGACAACAUGUACAAUGCGUUAGCAAAAGAGGGUAUAAAUUGGCAUUUCAUUCCCCCCGAUCCCCUCAUUUUGGUGGGUUAUGGGAGGCUUCUAUAAAAUCUAUAAAAACACAUCUAUACCGGGUAUUAGGCGAAUCACAUCUGACAUAUGAGGAAUUAAAUACCAUUUUAAUUAAGAUAGAAGCCGUCCUAAAUUCUCGCCCACUCACUCCUCUUUCCUCCGAUCCAAGGGACGCGACGCCAUUAACACCAGCUCAUUUCCUUAUUGGUGAACCUACCUGUUCAAUACCUGAACCCGACUUAUCUUCUUUACCUGAUAACCGCUUAAAAAUAUGGCUGCGCGUGACUCGACUAACGCAGUACCUUUGGAAACGUUGGAAUGCCGAAUACUUAUCUCAACUGCAGACCAGGAAAAAAUGGUUGUCAAAUAAAGGUCCAAACUUAAGCGUUGGUACUUUGGUACUAAUUAAGGAAGACAACAUACCUCCUUUGUCAUGGUCUCUUGGUCGCGUAGUACGUGCGCAGGCAGGAGCUGACGGUGUUGUUCGAGUGGCAACUGUUUGGAGCCGCGGGAAGGAAAUAAAAAGGUCUGUGAGAAAAUUAUGUCCUCUUCCUUUCGAAGGUAAUAUUUAAAAAUAAAUAAAAUAAAAACA